AUGCGCCUUGCGCAAGAACAUCUAGAAUGCGACAAGCAGUUUCCCCAAUGUGGUCAGUGCAUUCGCGCGCAUGAAACUUGCGUUGGUUACCGUGAUACAUGGGACUUAGUCUUCCGUGACCAGACAAACCACACCAUUCAACGGUUCAGGAAGAUCCGAAAAACGGAUAGGGUCGCGACUGGGGGUAUCCUAUUGGCCCCAGACCCAAGUCUCGACGAGAUAGGCGUGAACUAUUUCCUACAAGAAUUUGUCGCCGGUGGCCGUGUCCCCUCAUGCGGAUAUCUCAACUAUAUCCCGACCGCAUAUUCAGCCGAUGCUGAGCAUCCGACCGUUAUUGCCAGUAUGGCGGCCGUGGGCCUCCUGGCUUUGGCAACUUGUCAGCCCGAGCUUGCCCGUCAUGCACGUGCCAAGUACUCCGAAGCGAUCAACCAUGUGAACAAUGCCUUGGCAUCCCCCGUUGAGUCAGUUAAGGACAGCACUUUGAUGUCAGUGAUCUCGCUUGGGGUUUUUGAGCAUGUCUCAAACCUUGAGUCGUGGGCUCAACAUGUCAAAGGAGCUGCAGCGCUUGUGAUUGCACGAGGUGAAUCUCAAUUUUCCCGUAGGCCUGCCAUUUUGAUGUUCAACCAGGUACGCGCGGAUAUGUCGGCUGUCUGUAUUCAAUGCCUUCAGCCUUUUCCGGAUGACAUGUGUGAGCUGCAGGAGAAGGCAACCAAGUAUACAAGCUCCUCGGAUGCAUGCUGGUUACUCGGAGUCCUUGCCUCACGGUGUGCAACCCUUUUCGCCUCCGUCGCAGCCAAGCAUAAUGGCAUCCGUUUUCCUAGACAUAUGUCUUGGCUUUACUUCCUAGAAGUAUCAGUUACGCUUCAGGACGACUUCCAAUCUGUUCUUGAUAUCCUCGCUAUCCAAGAACCGUACACAACUAUCCAGGAGCCCUGUGGGAGCACGGAGUUCAUACCUUGUAAUGGUCGAUAUAGCCUAUACAAAACGUCAUGGGCAAUCAGGCUUUGGAACAACUCGCGAAUGGUUGAAAUCAUCGUUUGCGAGAUUAUAUGCUGGCUCAUAAAUAAGAUCCUUGCCGAGGAUCCGACUUAUUUCGCUGAGGGCCGCUUGAAUCUUAUAUCAAGGCUGCAGUACGCAAUGCAAAUUAUUUCAAGACGGAUAGAAGAUAUACUGGCCAGCAUCCCACAGGGUUUAGGCCUUGUAUCGUUCCCCGAUGCAAUUAAACCCCAAAAACCGAACGUGUCGGGCGGGUAUAUGCUGAUAUGGAAUUUGUAUACUGUCGGAAAAUCUCCCAUUGUCAGUUAUGAAAAUCGCCUAUGGGUCAUCAAGCAACUACAGGGCAUCAGUGAGAGUGCGAAUAUUGCAGUAGCGUCUCAGCUUGCGGAGGAUCUUGUUACAAUUGGACAAACGUGA